ACUGUGCGGUGGUAAACGAACGUUUUAACGUUCUCCAUUUGGUGGUGGCUAGUUGGCUGGCGGACUCCUUCGAAGGGGCGGCGAUGGUGCAGGAGGAGGAGGAGUGGUUCCCCGUUGGCAUGGUGCACGCGAAAAAGCCAAACGAAAGGUAAAUUUUCCAGGCAAACUCCUGGCUGCCAUCGAGGAGUCCGCAGAGAACAAUUGGUCGCGCUGGUUGAGAGCUGAAUAUUUUCCAAAUAUUAGAAAAAAUUGCAGCACACGGCUAUCAAAGAUGAGUUUGCUUUUGAGGCGACGUUCACGCAGCGAGACGCGUCCUCAGGAGAUUCCCGCGGAGAAGGCCAAGCAGCCGGAGGCGGAGAGACAGCAGGCGAAGCAGCACCAAGUGCGCCAUCAUUAUCCGCAUGCCAGUGAGCAGAAUCUGAACAAAUUGGGCCUGGUUUCUAGUUCUAGUGGCUCCACUGGCGGAAUGGGCAGGCGCAAGACAUCGGCAGAGCUGAUAAGCGAGGCCAAGCUGUUCCUGGGCGAAUCCGUGGGCGCCGCUCCCAUGAUGGCCACCGGUGGAGCUCGUUUGGUCAGCACCCGUCGACCCAUUACGCCCCGCGAAUCCGGCAGGGUUUUGUACGGCAAAGUGGCCCUCGCAGGACGCCCACCGAGCGCUUUCUCCAUGCGGUAUCUGCAGAACGAGAAACCAUCCACGCCCCGCCAGCUGCCGGCUUUGUCUGGCUCCGGACCCGCCGCACCCAUGCCCACCAGGAACGGAGCUCUGCUCUGCCAGUCCAGCACUGAGACCCUGAUUGAGCUGCUCAAGCAGCAUCGUGGCCUAAAGGAUUGCAGCGAUGAGACAGUGCAGCACAUAAAUGCGAUCCUCCAGGAGCUCUACACGCGCGUGAGAAAGCAGGAGCGCAGCUUCAAGCGUGGCUUCAUCCUGGGCGGACUCUAUGGUUUGGUGGAAUGCAGUUCGCCACGUGUUCUCUUGGCCGUGGCUCGUGUGGUCUUGGCCCUCCGAGUCACGGGCAGCAACCUCACAGGUGCCUGCAAGCUGAUCUUCAAGGUGGCCAGGCACGAGCAGCAUGAUGCUCUGUUCCACGAACACGACGUCCUCGAGCUGCUCAUCGAUGGCCUGGGACACGCGUCGCCCUUGGACGAGCCGGAGGCCUGCAUUUAUGCCUACGGCUGCAUACGCUUCCUGACCGCCAGCAGUGCCCAGGAGCGCGACGAUGCCCUCAACCGCAAUUGGAUUGGUCUGGAGGGCACUGGCGAGCUGUCUAUUCCCGCCCUAUCGGCCAUUUCGUCGGCGCUUUCCCCGCGGAAACUGACGGGCCAGCAGACGUUGGUUUCCCGCCUGGCUCGCCACGGCGCCGUGGAGCUGAUGAUCCUGCACCUGCAGAUGCUGAACGAGGCGGGGGCCACCAAGAGGCUCCAGGGGCCGCCGCUUCACACGCUCUAUCAACUGUCGGCCGCCAUGAGAGCUUUGGCGGAUGUUUCCCAACAGCAGCAGCAGCAGCAGAGCCUGCAGCUCCAGUUGCAGCUGGCCUGUCCGCAUCUCAUCCGGGCGGCCGAGGUCUCCAUGGGCGAACUGGAGGUGCAGGCCAAUGUGGUGCGCACGCUGAGCGUUCUUUCCGAGGACUCCGAUUGCUGUGAGACGCUGCACAACUAUGCGGCCAGGAUUGGCCUGCUCCUGGGUCCUUCCUGCGCCGGCGGCGGGCAGUGCGGUGAGCGUCUCCUGGCGGUGCUCAGUCGCCUGGGCUAUAUGCUGGGCAAUAUACUGGCCAAACACGAAUCGGCGCGCAUUCAGUACUUUCACAACGAUGUGGCCAUGGAGUAUCUGCUGAAUGUCCUGGAGCAGCUCAACGAACGUUCGCCCGUUAGUGUGGCUCUCUUGGAUGCCCAAAUCAAGUUGAUACGCGUGGUGGCCAAUAUGAGUGUGAAUCCCGAGGUGGGCGCCGGUUUGGGCAAUGUCCGUUCCCUGGGCGCCGUUCUCCUGCAGCUGCUGAGCAAAACCAGCGCAGAGUUGGCCAAGAAGAAGACGGCGGAACAACAGGAGCUGCUGCACGCCACCUUGGGAGCCCUGCACAAUCUGUGUUUCUAUCAGGACAAACAGGCAGUGGUGCAUCCUUUGGCCGAGGGAUCCCUUCAGAGCCUCAUUGACGACCUGUCCGCUUCGUUGGCCAGUGUUUUAAGCAACUGUGCGGCGUCAGUGACCAAAGUGGAGUUGUCCCGCGUGCUGGGCAAUCUGACGAGGAACGAGCGAGCUCGUCGCUGCUUCUGUGCCGCCGGAGGAUUGCCGCUGAUGGUGCAGCAACUGACGAAGCAGGCGUCUGGCCAGGAUUACGAGCUGCGCACCUGUGCCAUUGGGGUCCUGGUCAAUCUGCUGGGCGAUGGUGAGCAGCGAGGUCCUUUUCUGCAGCUCCGAGGGGCGGAACUGCUGUCCCUGCUGCUGCGCGGAGCCCUGGAGCAGGAGGAUUGGUUCCUGGCCAAUAUCGUUUGCCAGGCCCUCUGGAAUCUCCUCAUCGACGGCCAGUGUGCGGCCAAUCUCUGCCAGAGCGGCAAUAUCCUCGAUGAAGUGAGCGAUUUGCUGGCCGAUUAUCUCGAUGAGGAGCGAUUACUGCCCGGCGAUAACGAUAACGAAGAGGACGAUCCGGAGAGGGAACAGGAGAAUGUGGAGGCGACGGAAACGGAAACAGAUCCAGAUCCAGAUCCUGAGGCCCACGAUGCUUUGUGGGAGGAUUUCGCCCUGGUGGCCACCGAUUUGCUGGAACGCAUCCAAAACAACUUUGAUAGACAGCAGCAAUCGCAGACAUUGGUUGUCGAUAACGAAGACGAUAACGACGUAUUCAUCGAGGAAAUGUAGUAACAGAGUUCGUUCGAUAGUUUAUAGUGUUUCUAUGUGUUUACCUAUCUAUUAUUCGAUAAAUAUCUUUAACCAAAUAAUCAGAGCCAAUUAAAAAUGUUUGAAAAUACUCUUGA